CAGUUCACAUUCUCUCCGUGACACAGCUAUGGAUGGUACGUACACAAAUAAUGCAGACUCGCAGUAGCACAAGCAACGAUCCAAAAUCCAUUCCGCCAUUCAUCUAUUGUUGAGCCUCUGAAUAGUUUGUAAAUCCAUAGAGGCUUCAAGAAUGUCAACGCAUUCCGGGGAUGUAUCUAACAAUGAUAGUUGUAUAAAAAAUAUUGAUUCAUGUAGUAGUGUAACUGAAUUGGAAGACAUUGAUUUCUCGAGGUUACCUAGGCCAAGAAACUUGAACAUUGAGAGGCAAGGCUCAUAUGAUGAGAAGUCCCUUACUGAAACUCAACUGGGGUUCUCUCCUCAUCCCCCUUCUAGAGCUGAAAAUUUCUUCCGUGCUUUGGAGCAUUUUGAUUGUAUAUUUUCUCCAUCAAAAAGAUCUGAGUUCACUACUCCCAGGUCACCUUUUGGGCAAGGGCCACAUCCUAUGGUUGCUGAGGCUUGGGACUCUUUGAGGCGUACGUUGGUGCACUUUCGUGGACAGCCUGUUGGGACAAUUGCUGCACUAGAUAAUUCAGAUGAAAAGCUCAACUAUGAUCAGGUGUUUGUCAGAGACUUUGUUCCAAGUGCGCUGGCUUUUCUGAUGAACAGGGAACCCGAAAUAGUAAAGAAUUUCCUCUUGAAAACUCUUCGUCUUCAAUCAUGGGAGAAAAAGAUAGACCGGUUCCAACUGGGAGAGGGUGUAAUGCCAGCUAGUUUCAAAGUACUCCAUGAUCCGGUUAGAAAUACCGAGACAUUAAUUGCAGAUUUUGGUGAGAGUGCAAUAGGAAGAGUGGCUCCUAUUGAUUCUGGAUUUUGGUGGAUUAUAUUACUUCGUGCAUACACAAAGUCUACAGGGGACACCUCCUUGUCUGAGCUGCCUGAAUGCCAGAAGGGUAUGCGCUUGAUACUCAGUUUAUGCCUUUCAGAGGGGUUUGACACAUUUCCAACUCUUCUUUGUGCCGAUGGGUGCUCUAUGAUAGAUCGUAGAAUGGGUGUGUAUGGGUACCCAAUAGAAAUACAGGCACUAUUCUUCAUGGCUUUAAGGUGUGCACUUCUUUUACUCAAGCAUGAUGCUGAAGGGAAGGAGUUCGUAGAACGGAUUGUGAAGAGACUGCAUGCGUUGAGCUACCACAUGCGAAAUUAUUUUUGGCUUGAUUUAAAGCAACUUAAUGACAUUUACCGAUAUAAAACUGAAGAAUAUUCCCACACAGCAGUCAACAAGUUUAAUGUCAUGCCUGAUUCUCUUCCAGAAUGGGUUUUUGAUUUCAUGCCAGUUUCUGGUGGUUAUUUCCUUGGAAAUGUUGGUCCUUCAAACAUGGAUUUCCGUUGGUUUUGCUUAGGCAACUGUAUUGCAAUUUUAUCAAGCUUAGCAACCCCCGAACAGGCAACCAAGAUCAUGGAACUUAUUGAGUCACGCUGGCAUGAAUUGGUAGGAGAGAUGCCCUUGAAGGUUUGUUAUCCGGCUAUAGAGGGUCAUGAGUGGCGGAUUGUAACAGGAUGCGACCCAAAAAACACUAGAUGGAGCUAUCACAAUGGGGGAUCAUGGCCAGUGCUUCUAUGGCUCCUCACAGCAGCAUGUAUCAAGACGGGGAGACCUCAGCUUGCAAGGCGUGCCAUUGAAGUUGCUGAACAACGCUUGUCCAAGGAUGGGUGGCCUGAAUAUUAUGAUGGAAAACUUGGCCGAUUCAUUGGCAAGCAAGCUCGUAAAUACCAAACAUGGUCAAUUGCUGGUUAUUUGGUGGCAAAGAUGAUGCUUGAAGACCCAUCCCAUCUGGGAAUGAUUUCACUUGAGGAGGACAAGCAGCUGAAACCUGUCUUGAAAAGAUCAGCUUCGUUUUGAUUAAUACAUUUUACCUGACAUUCAGAAGUUGUUUCUAGCUUAUAACAUGUUGUCAUAUAUACCAGAAUGUGGGGGAAAUACAAUUGAAGUCCCCAGGUCCAGCAAAAAAGAAGAAGAAAGAGGAGUAGAACUAACAAGGUUCUUGUAAGAAUUAGUAUAGAAUGUGUAGUCAGAUUUGGUUAGUCUGAUUCUUUCUUUUUUACCUGGAAUUGCUAUUAGUUUCUGUUUACCCAAACUUGCUAUCUUGUUUCUUGAACUCAGUUUAGCUGCAUUUGCAACCUUAUGAGUAGUUGUG